AUGGUAGAUGUAGUGCUUAUUCCAGGAGACGGAGUUGGACCGGAGCUUAUUCAUGCCACAAAGCAGUGUAUAGACGCCACAGGGGUAGCUAUUCGUUGGAUAGAGAAAGAAGCAGGCGCCAAAACUAUAGAGACAGAACAAGCUUUGCUCCCUCUACAUGUACUGGAGGCAAUACAAGACACUGGGCGAGCAUUAAAGGGCCCCAUUAUUACCCCUAUAGCAUCGGGGUUCCGUAGUGUAAACGUGCAGCUUAGACAGUCCCUAGACCUGUAUGCCUGUGUGCGACCUUGUAAGAGCAUGCAAGGUAUAGCAUCACCGCUCCAUAAGCACAUUGAUGUGGUGAUUAUUCGUGAGAACACUGAGGAUUUGUAUGCGGGGAUAGAAUUCGAAUCUGGCAAGCACGAAACAAAGCAACUUAUUGAAUAUCUUAACACACACAGUGCUAAAAAAGUAGCAACUGAUGCUGGUGUUUCUAUUAAAACAGCAACAGAGGCGGCUACAAGACGUAUUUGUAGUUUUGCAGUGGAAUAUGCACGCGCACAUGCACGAAAGAAAAUUACUAUAGUAACAAAGUCUAAUAUUAUGAAAUAUACUGAUGGACUUUUUUUUAGAGUAGCACAUGAAGAGUUAACCCAGCACAGUGAUAUUCAGUGCAGGCACAUGCUUAUCGAUGCGUUAUGCAUGAACUUAGUGCAGGCGCCAGAAAAUUUCGAUAUUCUCUUGCUUCCUAAUUUAUAUGGAGAUAUAGUAUCAGACUUAUGUGCGGGGUUGAUAGGGGGGCUAGGUGUAGCCCCAGGUUCAAAUAUAGGUGAAAAAGCAGUGAUAUACGAGGCAACACAUGGUGCUGCACCGGAAUUUGCUGGCAUGAAUGCAUUAAACCCUACAGCUUUAAUUCAAUGUGGUAUUAUGCUUUUACGAGAUAUCAAUGAAAAAACAGCAGCCAAUGCAUUAGAACGGGCAUUGUUUACGGUAUUAGAAAAGGGGGAUGCUCGAACUGUUGACAUACUACCCCCAUCAGAAAAACAUAGAGCAGUAAGCACCAGUGUGUUUGCUCAAGAGGUAAUACAAAAUCUGUGA